UCUUUCCUCUAUUAUUUUCCACUCAGUUUCUCGUGGUUUAAAAUGGCGGCGUUGAGCAGCGCCGAGUCCCCACCGCCCGUCUUCAACGGAGACACCAUGAACCGCGAUCCGGAGCGGGACCCGGGGCUGGACGAGCUGGGCGCGGGGCUCGAACCCGCCUGUCCCGGAGGAGCGGCGAUCCCCGAAUGUCAACAGGACAUUCCCGAGGAGAUAUGGAACAUCAAACAGAUGAUUAAGUUAACCCAAGAGCACCUAGAAGCCCUUUUAGAUAAGUUUGGAGGAGAACACAACCCCCCAUCUAUAUACCUGGAGGCCUAUGAAGAGUACACUAGUAAGCUGGAUGCAUUACAGCAGCGGGAACAGCAGCUUUUGGAGGCCAUUGGGAACGGAACAGAGUUCUGCUCCUCGCCCACACCCCCCCUGCUGGAUGUGAAGGGCCCGGGCAUCCAGAACGCACCCGCUGCCCCAAACACCUUGGCUGUCCUGCAGACCCCCACAGAUGUGACACGAGGAAAUCCCCGCUCGCCCCAAAAACCCAUCGUAAGGGUUUUCCUGCCCAACAAACAGAGGACAGUGGUUCCAGCUCGUUGUGGGAUGACAGUGAGAGACUCCUUAAAGAAGGCUCUGAUGAUGCGAGGCCUGAUCCCAGAAUGCUGUGCAGUUUACAGGGUUCAGGAUGGGGAGAAGAAGCCUAUUGGCUGGGACACAGACAUUUCCUGGUUGACAGGGGAGGAGCUUCACGUUGAGGUUUUAGAGAAUGUGCCACUGACGACCCAUAAUUUUGUGCGAAAGACCUUCUUCACGCUGGCCUUCUGUGACUUUUGCCGGAAGCUGCUGUUUCAAGGCUUCCGCUGCCAGACGUGCGGCUACAAGUUCCACCAGCGCUGCAGCACAGAGGUCCCGCUCAUGUGUGUCAACUACGAUCAGCUGGAUUUAUUGUUGGCAUCAAAAUUUCUGGUGCACCACCCCAUGACCCAGGAGGAGGUGUCAUCAGAGGGCACGACACCCAUGUCAGAGAUGUGUCCAUCCAUCCCUCCAUCCGAGUCCACUGGGUCUCUGUGCCAUCCUUCUGUGUCCCCGUCCAAAUCCAUCCCUAUCCCACAGUCCUUUAGACCUGGAGAGGAUGACCACCGCAACCAGUUUGGCCAGAGGGACCGCUCUUCCUCAGCCCCUAACGUCCAUAUCAACACCAUCGAGCCGGUCAACAUUGAUGAUUUGAUCCGUGAUCAAGGCUUACCGAGGUCAGAUGGAGCCCCCUCGCAACACCCAGCCCGCUGCUUGAGGAAGAACCGAACACGGACCUCAAGCCCCCUUCUGUCCUCCCACCCCAAUGACAUUGUCUUUGAUUUUGAGCCUGAGCCAGUGUUCAGAGGCACCACAACAGGCCUGUCGGCCACACCUCCUGCCUCCCUGCCUGGUUCCCUGCCCAAUGUGAAGGUGUCCAAAUCACCCUGCCAACCGAGAGAGCGGAAGCCAUCGUCUUCCUCUGAGGACCGCAAUAAAAUGAAAACCCUGGGUCGACGGGACUCAAGCGAUGAUUGGGAGAUCCCAGAAGGUCAGAUCACCCUGGGACAGCGGAUAGGAUCGGGCUCUUUUGGAACAGUCUACAAGGGGAAGUGGCAUGGUGAUGUAGCGGUAAAGAUGUUGAAUGUCACAGCUCCCACUCCACAGCAGCUGCAGGCCUUUAAGAAUGAAGUGGGGGUCCUCAGGAAAACCCGCCAUGUGAACAUCCUGCUCUUCAUGGGCUACACCACCAAACCCCAGCUGGCUAUUGUUACACAGUGGUGUGAAGGCUCGAGUCUCUACCACCACCUGCACAUCAUCGAGACCAAGUUUGAGAUGAUCAAGCUGAUUGACAUUGCCCGGCAGACGGCUCAGGGCAUGGACUAUCUCCAUGCCAAGUCCAUCAUCCAUAGAGAUCUGAAGAGUAACAAUAUAUUUCUUCAUGAGGACCUAACAGUAAAGAUUGGUGAUUUCGGUCUGGCUACAGUGAAAUCCCGCUGGAGUGGCUCGCAUCAGUUUGAGCAGCUUUCUGGCUCUAUCUUGUGGAUGGCUCCAGAGGUGAUCAGACUGCAGGAUAAAAACCCAUACAGUUUCCAGUCGGAUGUCUACGCGUUUGGCAUUGUGCUCUAUGAGCUCAUGUCAGGGGCUCUGCCUUACUCUAACAUCAACAACAGAGACCAGAUUAUCUUCAUGGUUGGCCGGGGUUACCUGUCUCCUGACCUGAGCAAAGUGCGCAGUAAUUGCCCCAAGGCCAUGAAGAGACUUAUGGCAGAUUGUCUGAAGAAAAAGCGAGAGGAGAGACCUCUUUUCCCUCAGAUCCUGGCCUCUAUUGAGUUAUUGGCACGCUCUUUGCCUAAGAUCCACCGCAGCGCUUCUGAACCAUCCCUAAACCGCGCUGGAUUCCAGACAGAGGACUUCAGCCUGUACGCCUGUGCUUCCCCCAAGACGCCCAUCCAGGGUGGUGGCUAUGGUGAAUUCUCAGCGUUUAAAUAGUGCUGCAAGUCCAAAACUCCAUCCCUUGUCAAUUUUUACGACGUCUUGUGUUCCUACGGUGGGUUCAUCCAUAACACAGAAAAGGACUAGUUUUCAAAGAAUGUGCUGUUUUUCUUCCUCUUUACCCGAAGAGCUACGGCCUCAAUGGAAUUGCUUUAAAAUAAAAUGAUCUCUGCAGGGUGUCAUUGCUGAUUUUGCAAAAAUCUCAUAAACAUCACAUAGGACAAUAUGUGAGAUUAUACACACAAUGCAGCGUACAACAAAAAUGACUGAUGUGAGAAACCAACAGCUGCUCACUGGAAAGAAAAAGGCAAACAAACCCAAACAGAUUUUGGCAGGGGAUGAAAACCUUUCCCCAAGAAGGAAGAUAAAUGGGUAUGGGAUGAAUGAUAUUGGGAGCACAAGCCCCGCCUUUGCUCCACCCCUGGAGUGGAACAACACACAGCACUGGCCAAUCAGAAAACAGGGCCCAGUGGCAUGGAACGAUGGGAAAAUGGCAUAAAGAGAGGACGUCAAGUCGCAGUCAUGGAAAGGUGCUGAAUGUCAGGAGAUAACUUGAACGAUAUUUAGAAACGUUUUUUCUCUUGAGGCGAGAUUUCGCCUGUGGCUGGAGUUACUUAUAACACCGAUUUCUUUGGUCUUCAGCAUUUUUUCCCCCUCAAGGGUCAUAUGUUGUAGAUAAACAGACCCUUUUUCAGUUACAGAUAUAGUUUUUGAACAGUGGUAAAUGAAGCAACCAUCGAAAGACCUCUUUUUUUUUCUUUUUCUUUUUUAAUAUACAUAUAUAUUCUGUAGGUUUUUUUUGCUUUUAGUUCUAUGUCAAGGCAAACUAGUAUUUUUUUAAUUAAUUUAUUUUGCAUUUCACAUGUCCCACGCAGAGAAGCCUGGGGAAAUGUUUUUUGCCUCUCUUGGAUCGGCACAAAUACCAUCAGAUAUGUCCGAGGUGGGCAAAAUCAAAUGGGGUUCCGUGCUUCUAAAGAAUGUGAUUUAGUUUGAUUCAGUUUCGCCUCUUUAUAGUAGCUGACGUUAUGUUUCUGAACAAGUCAAAGGUUAUAUUAUUUAAAUUUUCUUGUAGAAAAACCCACUGUAUAAAGCAAACACGAAGCCUUGCUAUAGAGUAACAAUGUGGGUGUAUUUCAGAUGUAUUUCUGUACUUUUCACUACAACUUUAAGCUUAAAAAAUUCAUUUGAGGCCAUAACGGUUAACAGAAUUUUUUUUACAUUUUAUUUGGACCUUGCACCGCUGGAUUCAUUCCGAUAUAUUUGUUCACGGGUCAUAGCUUUUUUUUUAAGUUUAAGUUUUUCGUGUUUUAGACAGGCAGGCCUGCAAAGUUACAUUUAUUUAUAUUGCUUUAUUUGUAUUACUUUUUGUUCGGUGUUGUUAUAUACACAUGUAUAGUUUCUCUCACUCAUUCUGUGAUUUGUUAAAAUGAACAUUACACAGUGUGUCUGUGCACUUUGUAUACACGAUGCAGAUAAGCAAAUUUGCCUUUUUAAAGACUUAAUAUAUUUUGUCAUAUGAAGAGGUUAAAGCAUGGUUAACGGAUUGCAAAAUGAAUGAAAAUUGAUUUCAAAAGCAGGCAGGGCCAUGGGACACUAAAAACCAAAGCUUAAUCCAACCUCCUAACGCCAUCUGCGUCCACCUUCACGGGGAACGGUUAUCUGGAUCUUCGGCCAAAUCGAUUCGCCAUAUGACUCGAACAGGCAACAAAGUGACGACUCUUUGUUUCAAUUUGGUCCAAAGACUACUGCAUCAACCCUCUAGCAUAGCUUUGGGCUGUAGUGACACUAUCACUGUGUAGCCCUGAAGUUCACCUAGACAUUGUGGACAGUGGAAGUGCCCUUGUAAGGAUGCUUUUCGUUAUUUUGGUCUCUACAUAGUGAAUUAAGUGGCUCCGCCUUUUUUUUUUCUCGUAGGAAAUUACGCAUUGUUGCUUCCGGCUCCACAAAAUGCUUGAUGUUGCACAGAUAACUGAGGCUGUGCGCUUGGUUCGCCACUCAUGCUCUGUUACAAAAGAGAGGACAUGCGCCCCAUCUUCUUGCUUCUGUUGAGAUAGAUUCAAUUAUUUAUUUUGGUCCUCUUUUUUUGGGUUAUUUUUAUAAGGACAAUGCUCUGUGAAUUGGUUCUGCCACUUAAACUUGCCAUUAAGGAGAGAGGAGCUCCAGGGAUCCUUUGGGAUGUGACGGUGGUCACUGUUUUCACAUGUAUUGUUUUUGACGAGACGUUUGAAUGAACUUGUUACCAGAUUAAGCUGACAAACCUAACGUAUGGAGACGGUAGAGGUGUAUUUUAAGAAUGCUGUAUUUAUUUUCUAUGGGAAUGUUAUUGAAGAUGUCUGACUUGUGAAGGAUUGAUCCUUCUUGACUGGAAUACUUGGGGACCUGCUUAAUUACAACUUGGAGAUAAACAUAUAUAUAUAUAUUUAGAUCCUUUAUAGCCAUUUUACUUUAACUACCCAAACCCCCAUUUUAGUUGCUUUUUAAAGCCUUCACCAAAAUUAUCUGUAUCACAUUCCUUUCUGUUGUCUUGCCUGCACUUUAACCCCCCCCCCCACACACACACACACACACACACCGCUAAUUCAAGCUAGAACUAUUAUACAAAUGUUUGGGAGACUCUUUUCAUCUGUAAAUAGCUGUACAAAUGAAGUACUGUCCGUUUGCUAGAAGGCAUGGAGAUAAAAACAAUGAAAUGACUUCAAAUGUUUCAACUUAAGAAAUAAAGGUUAAGAAAAGACAUUUUGAUAGAUGAAAUUCUGAGAAAAUAUUUCUGUGUAAAAAUAUUUAAGACUGUAUUAUAUAAAAGGAAAAGAGCUUAAUGUAUUUGUUGUGAAUAUGAAAAACUGAUAUAUUAAAGAAGUGCAUGAAAACUG